UGAUGCAUACAAUGAAAUUGAAGAAUUUUGUUCCGUGGAUAAACUAAACUUUUAAAAUAAAAGUGAAAUACGCCAGUUACUUUCAUGCAAAGGUGAGCGUUUAAGCGAUAAAAAGCGCUUUUAGUGAUACGGUCCAGUUUACAUGACCCAGGACCAACAAAACUACAAUUUCAGCUUUCAAUUGCAAAGAUUUCGAGUUAAGAAAUGGCUAGCGAAUCUAAAAAUCCAACAAAGGGAUUAGGGCGGAACAAUAUAAAAGACAAUAAUGCAGUGACUGAAGGCAGUAUGGUCGGCGAUGUUCGCAAACGCAACGAUAAGAAGGCUAAAGUGCGUCCUAAAGCGAAGGAUACCGAUGGUUCCAUUAGAUGCGUCGUCUGCUUAAAACAAUUCACGCACAAAAGUCACGUCCAGAAGCAUAUGAGAGAUGAACACUACAAAUCGUUUGAGUGUGAUAUCUGUCAUGGCACAUUUACCACCCUUUCGACGAUGAAAUCCCACUUGAUGAAAAUGCAUAUUGCGGGAAGUUAUAUAAAGCAGGAAGUUCCAGAUUCGGAUAACAAACCGUUUAAGUGUAAUGAAUGUCCUGCAUCUUUUAAAAUUAGUAGUAAAUUGAAGGGACACAUGCUAAGCCAUAGUAACGACCGAUCAUUUGAAUGCGAAAUGUGCGAUCGGAGCUUCAAACACCGAGAAAGCUUAAAUAAUCACAUCCAAAUUCAUCACAUGGGCAAACGUUACAUGUGUGAAAUUUGUAACUCGGAGUUUACGUCGAAGUCGAAUCUUGUGACCCACACGAGAAUGCAUAAUGGCGAUCGACCGUUUAGCUGCGAAAUUUGUUUUGCUAACUUCGCUAAGAAAAGUAAUUUAACGGCACAUUUACGAACACACAACGAUGGCGAGAGACCAUAUGUAUGUGACAUUUGUGCGGCUGCGUUCAAAAAUUCGUCUCACUUAACUCGUCACAAGAGAACCCACAGUGAAGAUCGUCCUUACAAAUGUACUGAUUGCUUUGCUGGUUUCAAAUCCCCAGAUCUUCUUAAAAAUCACAUGACCAUCCAUUCCAACGAGCGUUCAUUCAAGUGCGAGCUAUGUUCCGCAACUUUUAAACAGAAAAAGAAUUUGAACAGCCAUUUGAAAACGCACUCCAAGCAGGAGCGAUCGUUCCAAUGCAAUGUGUGUACAGACGCGUUCGCUUCUCAGAUUGCAUUGACUAAACAUAUGCUUGUACAUACUACCUGUCGACCUUUCGAAUGUGAAAUUUGUUUGGCUAGUUUUAAAGAAGCUGGUGCAAGAAUGCGUCACAUGAAGAUACAUUUAGACGACCGAAAGAUCUACGAAUGCGACAUUUGCUCUAAGAAAUUCAUGCAUUUGUAUUCGCUAAAAUCUCACGAGCAAUUGCUUCAUCUGAAAGACAAUCCGUACGAAUGCAGCAAAUGCAAGAAGAAAUUUGGGAAUGGAAAAGCCUUACGUAGGCACCUUAAGCGAAUUCACAAUGCUACUGAGUUGAAGGAUAAUGAAAGAUGUGCCGAUGACACACAUAUCUUGAGCUUGGACGAUAUUAAACGCGAACCGAAACUUUUGAGUUAGAAGCUUUAAUUUAUUUGACAAAAUUGUGGUUAAUUAGUGUAGUCCGUGUAGUGGUUCCAAAGAAUUUUUAUUGAUUUGAUAUGUUAUGUAUGCAGGUUGUAUUGUAUGGGUAACACUCCCAGAAUUGCUGUAAUUAAAUGAAUACUAAACUUCGACGUUGCACCACAUGCUUUCGUGUUUUUUUUGUUGUUGUUAAGAAACGAAAAGUUAAAGAUCUGCGCUCUCAACGUUGUUACAUGAAGAGUCGGUCUCAACAUUGUUACAUGUAGAUGUAGAGUCUGUCAUUUAUAUCUGUUUUUCCUAUGAAAGGUUGAGUAAAUCGAAUUUUCAAGAUACUUC